AAACAGGAAGAGAAAGACGGAAGUUCCCGGACCUCCCGGGAACGACAGCGGACUGGAAACGAGUCUAAAGCAGAACUUUAACUUUAAGUAUCAGCGCGAAGGAAGUAUGGAGGAUGAUGAACUUCCGUCAGCGGAUGGGAUGGGUGGGCGUGGCUCUCUACUUGCUGCUCAGUGUCAUGGUGGUGUAUUAUGUUUUUGAGGUUCAGAGCUUCAGUUUGGAGCAUGUGCAGAGAGGCGGGGCCAGCCCCUCGGCUCCACCGCUCGCCAUCGGCUGGUCUCAGAGCAUCGGCACUCACCUGCCACCGCUUCCAAUCUGGAUGUGGGCGUCCGUCUUCCUGCUGCCGUACCUGCAGCUCUUCCUCUUCCUGUUCUCCUGUACGAGAGCUGACCCUCGAGCGGUUGGUUACUGCGUCCUUCCUGUCUGCCUUGCCCUGCUCUGCAGCCGUCACACCACCCGCAAACCAGCCAAUCAUAGAGGCCCGACGCUCAUCGAUACGUAGAAGAGAAGGGUCACGGCAGGAGGAUGAGGCUGUAAAACAAACUGAACUGUUUGUGAUGUCACUUCCUGUGUGCCUUUAAAGAGUUUAACAAACACCGCUGUUGGAUUUUAAUUCUCCGCUUUGACUAUUUGGAACCUAACAGUCGAACUAACCCUAACCCUGUCAAGAUGCGUGAGUGAGGAUCAAACAUUUUUGGUACCGCUGACUGUUACUUCAUACAGACCUUUCAGUCGGCGGCUGUCAGUCAUCCUCCUCCUCCUCAGUUAUUUAAUUAUUGUGACAUCACAGACAAUCUUGUUCCGUGUUUGGAUGGAGGAUGUGUUGAAUGUUAACACCAGCCCCUUCUGCUGUGUAUCUGUGAUCAAUUUAACCCACAGUUCAUGAACUGAUGCAUCACUGCUGUUGCUAUGGUUACCUGCAGUUUAAUAUUUGGAAUGGAAGUAACACUGACCUGACAGUUGCUGGGCAAACGACUUUCAAAAUAAAAUCAAAAUACUUACAUGAUCAUUAUAUGACACAUGCUGGUUACCAGGACGACUUUAUUACAACAUCAAUACAAUAAAAAACAAGACAAAACACAAUGUGAAGUCUUAGAAAGAUUGAUUUGUUUUUAUUGCGAAAAACUAAACAUUUAUUUUACAGAAGUGAACUCAGA